GUGAGCUGAGCGGCGGCGAUCCCAAAAUUCCAAUUUCGGAAACUGUUGUAGAUGGUCAUUCACAGAUGUUUAGGAAAGAAAGACAUAACCUAUAACUGGAUUCUGUAAUCUACGAUAGCGGGGAUUUUUGAAGGUGCAAUGUUUCAGGACUGUACAGCAGGAUCAUCCAUCCAUGGUCUGGAGCAGUGUGGGAUCUGAACAAUACAGAGCAGAGAGCCAGGCAGGACUACAGGUGCAAGGCAAGGGGGCUACGAAGGCUACCAGGCCUGGACAGGAGUGCAUACUGGCUGCGGUUGGGAUGUUGAGGCAGAGCAGUGGUGGAGGCAGCAGUAGUGGUGGUAGUGGUGGUGGAGGUGGUACCAGCGGAGGGAACAAACGAUUGCUGGGCAUCUCACGCACCUCCAACUCCCACUUCUUCCCGUUGUCCCCUGGCACGGGCAUGGGCACUAGUACGGGCACCACGGCGAGUACCGGAUCAGGGACUUGGGGGACGGGCGGCAGAGGAGCCAAGAGCAGCUCCCUGAGCUCCGUCAGCUCUGGAUUGGACAGUGUGGAUGCUGCUGCCCCUGUCGGCACCACCGACCCAGACUACAUCAUGCAGCUGGUCAACGACGUGCGCAAGUUUGCCGACGUCUUACUUCACCUCAAGGAAGCUUUUCACUCCAAAGAGCACCAGGACUGUCUUCACCAGGUAGUCCAUGAGCGUCUGGGGGAGCUGCUGCGCGUGUUGAAGGCCGUCAUCAGCAAACACCAGACCCUCAACUCUGUGGACAUCCUCAGUGCUGCAGGCACCGUCAUCGCACAGGUCAAAGGUGUUAACUUCAAGGAUGUGAACGAGGAGAACAAGCAGAAGCUUUUCGGAGAGAUAUACACUUCCAUCGACACAUUGGCAUUCACCUUUGGCAAUGUAGUGUCUGACUUCCUUAUGGGAGAUGUAGAGAAUGGAUCAGCGUUGGGGCUGCCCCUGACUCGGAGAAGCAGGUCGUUUGAGAACCUUUCCGUGGAAUCUGUAGUAUCCGGUCCAGAGAAAGAUGAUCCAUCAGGUCCAUCGCCGCCGGCGAGGGCGGAGGAGGUGGAUGGUGUGGACGUGGCGCUGCAGCGGAGUGAAGGCGGGGUGGAGUCAGCUCUACUAUACGCCAAGGCCUGGUCCAAGUACACCAAGGAGCUGCUGGCCUGGGUGGACAAACGACUCAGUGUGGAUAUCGAGUGUGCGAAGAGCUACGCCAAAAUGGCCGAAUCAGCGAAGACACUCGCAAGUCAACAGGAGUUCAUGCCAUUCCGGGACAUUUACAUGUCAGCAUUCAAGAACGAUAUUGAGUACAGCCAGCUCCUACUGCACACAGCAGCWAYCCUUCAAACCAACAAAUUCAUGCAGCCUCUCCUCGCGCGGAAGAACGAGCUGGACAAACUGAGGAAGGAGGUCAAGGAGCAGUGGCAGAGAGAACAGAAGAAAAUGCAUGAGGCGGACAGUGCUCUGAGGAAGGCCCGUGUUCUGCAGGCCCAGAGACAGGAGGAGUAUGAGAAGGCCCGGGUGUCCACCAGCCGAGUAGAGGAGGAGCAGCUGGGAGCAGCCAAGCUGGAGAAGAGACGCAGGCUGGAGGAGGAGGCUCUGCAGAAGGUUGCCCCUCGCCAAGCGGUCGUUGAGCAGCACCCACUGCAGUACCCACAGUUCCCACGGUAACCUGUCUCAGAUGUCCGUCACCUCUGGGGACUUCCUGGGGACCGAYGAGGUGGAGAGCCCGGUCAACACACGGCCCGCCAAGAUCUCUGAGAGACGGUCCAACAGCAGCACCGACAUCCAAGCUCUGAGGAUCCAGGGCCCGUUCCGACCCUGGGGAACGGGUAGUCAGGGCGGGGGGAUGUGCAGUGACUCAGAGAGCGCCGGAGGCAGCAGCGAGUCCAGAUCCAUGGACUCCCCCACCGCCAGCCCAGGUGACUUCAAGAGGAGAUUACCCAGAACCCCCUCCACGGGGACCAUGUCGUCAGCUGAUGACCUGGACGAGAGAGAGCCGCCCUCGCCGUCAGACAACGGUCUGAGUGAGAUGCUGAUAGAGACAGCCAGUUCCCCAGGUCCGUUCCGUAACACCCAGAUGUCCAAGGCAGCCCAGACACACAAGCUGAGGAAGCUGAGGGCCCUGUCCAAGUGCAGAGAGUGUGAUAGUCUGGUGGUCUUCCAUGGGGCUGAGUGUGAGGAGUGCUCCCUGGCCUGCCAUAAGAAGUGUCUGGAGACUCUGGCCAUCCAGUGUGGUCAUAAGAAACUCCAGGGUAGACUGCACCUCUUUGGUGUUGACUUCACCCAGGCAGCUAGGAACAACCCAGAUGGUAUUCCUUUCAUCAUCAGGAAGUGUACCUCGGAGAUUGAGAAUAGAGCGCUGGACAUCAAGGGGAUCUAUCGUGUGAAUGGGGCCAAGUCUCGUGUGGAGAAGCUCUGUCAAGCAUUUGAGAACGGCAAGGACCUGGUGGAGCUAUCUGACCUUUACCCCCAUGACAUCAGCAAYGUGCUCAAACUUUACCUGAGACAGCUUCCAGAGCCUCUCAUCCUGUUCCGUUUCUACAACGACUUCAUCGGYCUGGCCAAGGAGAGCCAGAACAUCAUCGUGGACGAGGUGGAGGCAUCCAGGGUCAGCCCCGCCUCCCUGACCCCUCCACAGGUCAGCGUGGAGCUCAACCGGGUCCUCUUCAAGAUCAAAGACCUCCUGAGACAGCUGCCCCCGGCCCACUACAAGACCCUGCAGUUCCUCAUCCAACACCUGCACAGGGUGACCGAGCAGGCGGAGGAGAACAAGAUGACAGCCAGUAACCUAGGUAUCAUCUUCGGCCCCACGCUCAUCAAACCAAGACAGACGGACGCCGAGGUGUCCCUGUCCUCCCUGGUGGACUACCCCUACCAGGCACUCAUCGUGGAGMUCCUCAUCAGACACUAUCAGAUGAUCUUUGAUGCCCCCCUCAGCCCUCUGCCACGGCCCCAGGGCCCACCAGGCCCCUCUGGGGAGGGCUCUCCUCUGAAGGGUCAGGACGCUAACCCUUGCCUCACCCCUCAGGAGAAGGAGCAGCUUCUCAGCAGACACUCCAAGUCUCUAGUAGACAUUAAGGAGCAGAGCUCUAAAGUGUAUAAGCGUCAUUCCUCCAUAAUCCCCUCCACCCAUUUAAUGGACGAGGUCAGAGAGGGGAAACCCAGGCCUGAUGGGAGGGACUAUGCACCUGGAGUGGACGAGGACUCAGAGCAACUCAACGGGCUCCUGUCUGGCAGCGUCCCUGAGGUCCAGAGAGCAGAGGGAGAGAGGGACAGGGGGGAGAGGGGUCUUACCCGGGCCCGCCACACCACUUCCCGGGUCCACCUCCGCCACCCCCGCUCCAAGCUUGUCUCCCGACCCAUGAGCAUGCCUGCCGAACGCCUCCUGAACCCUGCGCACGGCGUGGAUGAGAGGAAUGCCAGGAACACCGCUGACCUGGACAGCGAGGACGUUACCGGGAGCGCCGGGAGCAUUGCGCGGGACCAGUCAAUUGAGGAGGUGUCGGAGGACGAGAAGCCAAAGUCGAGGGCGAGCAGCCACUAUCGGAGCACGUUCAUCGACACGGGGACGUUGCGUAGGACCUGGGACAGACAGUACAAGCAUUAUGACAUCACCCCCAGGACAGCUAAGAUCAUUACCAACCUGCCUACAGCAGACAAAGAGGUGGAGGAGUCGACCACAAGCCUCUCCACUUCUGUACCAUCAUCCUCUUCCAUCUACCCCAACAGACCCUACACCAUCGCAGUGAGGCCGGGCAGGACUCUGAAACGGGAGGAGAACGUGUGUGAGUACAGCUCUGUGCCCACUGCGUUCAGGCCCCCCCGGACUCUACAGCCACCGCCUGGAACCUUCUACAAACCCCCCUCGGGGAGCAAGGACAAAGUGUUAGGGGACGCGCCGCAAAAGAAGCAUGCCGAGGCAGCUAACAGCGCAGAGGASGAAGAACAGGAGGACGAMGAWSAKGAKGAYGAYGAYGAWGAUGAGGAGGAAGAGGAGAUGGGUCUGGAGGUCUCUGUAGACGAGCCCUCUGUGGAUGAAGACAAUGUGGAUGAGGACACUGAGGCUCCGCAGCAGGCUGCAGGCUCCUCUCUGUCCCUGCCCCAAUCCCCCAGCUCCAGCCCUGAGGACCUCAGUGACGAGGCCAAGCCCGUGUACCAGAGACUACGGGCCAGACGCUUGCAGGAGUUCGAGCACCGCGAGGCCCAUUUUGUAUGACCAUAUUUAUCGCCAUUACUCACAGGUCGUCAUUAUAAUUAAUCAAGAGUCAUUUUCCUUCUAUGAUUAGGAUUKAAAUGGUCAAAUCUGUAUAAUAUGUGCCAUAUUGUAUAAGAAGAAACAACUUCAAAUCCUUUCAUGAACUGUGAAAACAAUUACCCACGGAAGUGUUAUAUAUAUUAAUAUAUUCCUUGUUAUCUUUUUUGGAGUUCCGUAGUUGGUGCUGGAAGGAACUGUUGUACUGCAGGUCCCCAAAAUGAAGACAGGAUGCACUUAGUUAACUACAUAACAAUGGCUGUAUUAUAAGUCACUUCACCUAUUCUAGGUUUCUGUAAAAGGUCUGUAUAAAGAAAGCCACAUAAUCAAAACGUGCUUCCAGUACCAAUCACUACAAAUGUUAAAGAAAUAGUUAAUUUCCCAAAAGUUAAAUCCAUCAUUGUAGAUUUAUAUGUACAGUAUUUUUAACAUACGGCUCAAUACAAAGUAAUGCCAGGAUAGCAUGUUUUUCUCUCUUUUAAACUGUGCAAUUACUUUUUAUUAAAGAAAUAUCAUACUGUAUCUGUUGUAUAAAGUUUUGGUACACUGUAUUUGUAUGUUUAUAUGCCAAAAAAUAUUAUUUCAACAACUGUUACAGUAUAGUGUGUAUCGCCACUUUAUCAAAACUGAAUUUGACGCACUUACUUAAUCCAGUCUUUCACAGUUAUUKUAUGCAUUACACAUAUUUCUACUUUUUGUAAUGCAGUAUUUUGUAUACAGUAUUACUUUUGUAUACAGUCAUUUGAAAAGUUACAAUGUUUAAUGUAUGCUUUAUCAAACCUGAAACUGCAUGUGUUGCUCGUUUAACGUGGAUGAAUAACUCUUAUUUAUCUUUGACUUGAUUGACACUUAGGCAUUAUAUGUGGAAAGUGUCUGUAUGUAAGUCAAUGGAGAUAUGCUUCAAAACCACACUUCAACCAAACAUCAACCUGCUCCUUUUAGACGUUUACCUGGAAGGUAACAACCUAACAACUCAACUGAAAAACAUUGAAUAAUAUAAUUAGAGGUCAGUCAGGUCGUUUCUGGCCUGUUGUAAGAAGUCUAUCACAAUAUUACGAUGGGCCAAAGCUGUUCUCUUUUUGAAAGUACUAUUUAGUUCAGUCAGUGCUGACCAGAUAUUUUAAUCAUAUCAAUUAUACUCUCACUUUGUACAGGUUAUAAGUACCAGUAAGUGCUACAUUCAUGUAAAUGGUAUAUCCGUCUAUAUUUUAUAAAUAUUAUCUAUAAGGGUCUUUGCAGAUUGUCUCCAAUGUAUUAAAUCCCUUUCAUUGUACAAACUGGUACAUACGAACAUACACCUUUUUGUAACUUAUUAAAUAUAGUUGACAACUUCCAAACAUGUUUCUGUAAUCUUUUGUAUUCCCACACCUACAGUAUAGAUAGUUGAUAAACCAGAUUUUGGAGCCUAGGUUAAUUCCUAGUUGAUGUGAAUAAAUGGAGCGUAAGAGGUAGAAACCAUAACAUGUAGACCCUAUUUUUUCCCCCAUAACCUUCAAUAAAAUGAUCCCUCUCUUUC